CGGGACCUUUAUUCUACAUGCGUAUUUCUGACAAUGGGAAUCCUUGAGAAAAUAAAUGAAAUCGAGAGAGAGAUUGCCCGGACACAGAAAAAUAAAGCUACCGAAUACCAUCUGGGAUUGCUGAAAGCAAAGUUGGCUAAAUACAGAUCUCAACUGCUAGAACCCACCGGAAAAGCGUCAGUGAAGGGAGAAGGAUUUGAUGUUAUGAAAUCAGGAGAUGCACGUGUGGCUCUUAUUGGUUUUCCUUCAGUAGGAAAGUCUACUCUGCUGGGUAAGGUCACAAAGACUCAUAGUGAAUGUGCAGCUUACGAGUUUACAACUUUAACAUGCAUUCCAGGAGUUCUUGAGUAUCAUGGAGCCAAUAUUCAACUUCUUGAUCUUCCUGGAAUAAUUGAAGGAGCAGCACAAGGGAAGGGUCGUGGUCGUCAAGUUAUUGCUGUUGCACGCACCGCAGAUAUUGUUUUGAUGAUGUUAGAUGCCUCAAAGGGUGAAAAACAAAGAGAUUUAUUGCAAGCAGAACUGGAAAGUGUUGGAAUGAGAUUGAAUAAGAAAAAACCAAACAUUUACUUCAAGGUAAAGAAAACUGGUGGCAUCUCAUUUAUUGCUACGUGUCCUCUCACCCAUGUUGAUGAGAAACUUGUUCAAAUGAUACUACAUGAAUACAAAAUAUUCAAUGCUGAAGUUUUGUUUAGAGAAGACUGUACAGCAGAUGAACUGAUUGAUGUGAUAUGUGGCAACAGAGUAUAUGUACAUUGCAUAUAUGUAUACAACAAGAUUGAUUGCAUAUCAUUGGAAGAAGUGGACAGAUUGGCACAUCAAGAGCAUUCUGUUGUCACUAGUCUUGAACUUGAUUUAAAUCUCGAUUAUUUACUAGAGGAGAUAUGGAAGCACCUUUCUCUAGUUAGAAUUUAUACAAAGAAACCAGGAUGUCGUCCUGAUUUUGGUCGUGGCCAUGCUCUAAUUCUCAGAAAAGGAGCAACAAUUGAACAUGUGUGUCAUGGUGUCCAUCGAACUCUAGCAAGCACUUUUCGUUAUGCUCUAGUCUGGGGAACGAGUGCCAAACACUGUCCACAACGAGUUGGAAUAGCACAUCAAGUGCAAGAUGAGGAUGUUGUUCAAAUAGUGAAGAAGUGAAUGCCAUAUCUAUUGUAUCUAUUCUUAACAGAAAAUACCUACGUAGUACUUC